AUGGCCCGACAUGUCAUACUCCUCGCAUCUGGUAUUAUUGUCCAAUCACACAUUGACUGCCUGGAAGCAAGGAGACAGGCGCUUGAAACGUGCAUUGAAACAAUAUCUCAAAUCCGAGCAGUUGUGCCACAGGAUUCUUAUCAUCAACACGUUCGGUUUGCUACUCUUCGCAAUCAACUACAUCGAAUCGCUAUACAGUGCGAGCUACAGUUGGGAAAUACCGGUCCGAUUAUCCCACCAGGACUCUCAUCCUCAGGUGGUAUUGCCUGGCGUCUUUCUGCUGAUUGCUUCUCUGUUGUUAUAUCAGCGAUUCCUGCCGAUGGGUACAGUCUCCCCCCCGGAACCACGCCUCCAGAGGACUAUCCCGUUAGUGUUGCCGGUGUUCAUUUCGAAUUCAACCAGGACAAACCGAUUGAGUGCAGCGUGCUUGUCGAGGACCUAAAACGACGUAAUUACAAUGCACUACUAAAACACGUAAAAAAUUUGAUUGGGCUCUACGAUUUACCAGCACUGGAGCAGGAUUUGGCAAUGCUGGCCACUGCAGUGAGCUCACGGAUACCACAUGCGGCGUCGCCAAUGAGUUUAGAACUCACUGGAAUUUCAUGCAAGAUUGCAAACACACCGAAUGACGUCAACAGUUUAGCGCAAUCCAUUAACGGCUCGGCAGUUGGACAAAUGGUUCAGCGCACUGGUGGAGCUUUUUCUGUUCUCACGUAUUUUGUCUCAGCUGCCCAAAAGGCCAUUGCUGCGUCCAGAAUUCGAAGAGUCAUUAAUGAGAAGGAGCACACGCAGCCUGAGAAGGGAAUGCUUGGCGGCUUUUGUGCCUCAGUAGGUUUACGUGCUACCGCCAACAGGAUUCAACACUCCCUUCCAGUCGUGUCUUUGGUGAAUUUAAUCAAAGAUGGUGAUGGAUAUAAUGUUGCACAAUUCACCAAUGCUGAUAAUAUUACACGCGUCACGAUCGCCGCUGAAUUUGUCCUCAAACUGCAUCCACCCCUCUUAUUUGAUGCAGAAUCUAUCUCCGAAAUCGAGUCAAUAACUAAAAUUCCGAUGGGCUCUCAGACAGAAGGCCAGCCCAUACCUCUGCACCACCUCUUACUGCGUCAACACCAACAGGAAAGCCUUGCUUCGCUUGAUGUCCACAUGGCUCUUCCAAACAAGUCGCAACACGCUUACCACGUAGUUUCCAGUGAUCUGCGUGGUUAUGUCGUUGCCGAAAUUGCAUUCACGUGCCCGAGUCAGCUACCUCCGCUGAUCCAGCUCCUGCGACACAAAGCUGCAUGGUUGUCAUUCGUCGAAUCCUUCCUACUCCAUCCGAAAAAACCUACAGCUAAAGAUGAAGACCUGACCUACAAAUUUACCGUCAAUAUGCCGUCGCAGACUCUCUUUCUCAUCAGUUUUCAGCAUCCAAUUUGCAGUCGACGAAAGGUGCAAGUGUCCAUUAAAAUGGGAGAUCUUGGUGUGUCAGAGGCCACUGUAUGUGGAGCCACUCUUCCCCCGGACCUUCGCUUUAGUGCGAACGAUAGUGAUGAUGUGUGCGACCCUACCGAAAUCCUCAUUCGCUCGCACAAUCUCCCUGUCUCCCUAACCUGGUUGAUUCUCAAAUUAGGUUGCCCUGUCGCCCGUAGUCUUACUUGCCUCUUCCCCGUGUUAUCGGGAUCAGGCUCACCAGCUGUAGCCAAAUUAUCCAAAGCAGCCAAACCUGUUGACCGAUUUCGAGCAAAUUGUGUGGCACGGGCUCGUAGGGCUUUAGAUCUCAGUCAAGACGCUUCAGCCGAUGGCGUAUUAGCGGGUGCGGAUAAGCUUUCGGAGGAGUCUCUCAGGGACGCUCAGAGGCUGUUGCUAGGUGAUGGAGGUGAGGGUGGCAGGGGACCGAGCACCUUAUAUGACCCAAUCGCGGGUGCAACUCCCAUUUGGCCCGUACACCAACCGAUUCUAUCGCUACCACCACCACCACCACUACCGCACCUCCAGCAAUUUGCUCCCGGUGUCGGCACGAGGCCACUGCUCCCACCCGGCGUAAUGGCCAUAACACCACCAGCUGGUCUCGCUCCGGAACAACCGUCGUUAUCUACACCCAAAGCAAUUGAAGAUGUGUUCUCCUCGCCUGGGGCUACUUCGAGUUCUGUUCUCUCUUUUCUUUACGUUCGCCUGAGCUCUGUCAUCAUCACUGUUAAUUUGGACGGCUAUGUGAAGGCCCUUGAGACGAAACCGACCGCUCCUAGUAGCCAGGCUUUCCGUAACAUGCCAUUAAUUCCCGGCAUAAUGACCACUUCGCAAGCUACAUCUCUGUUCAGUCAGUCGACAAUGAAACCUCCCUCCUCCUGUUCCAUUGCACCCACUCCAAACAUGGGGUUCAAACCACAGACACCUGUUUCAUUACCGAGCAGUGGCGGUUCGAUGCUGGUAAGUUUGCUGGACGAGGAUAAUCCCCCACAAAGUCUCCCUCCACCACCACACGUAGCCACUGCAACACUUUCUUCUAAUCGCAUUCUUUCCUCCCCUGCAACGGCACAAGUACCUCUUUCUCCAUCUCCAAUCACAGCGCAGGUGCCCAGCAGUCAUCCAGUACCCGUCCCCACCACGUCGACUUACCUUAAAUCCUCAGGGAGCACCGAUGUCCUCAGUCAUCUCUUGAUGAGCAGCAACAGCAGUGCAGGUGUCACGGGAAGUAGUAGUGGAAGCAGUAGUGCUCAGUCACUCCCAUCUUCCCUGAAGCCACCUAUGCCAGAAACGGCAUCUGUCAAAAAAGGCCGGAAAAAACGCGUAGACUCUGCAAUGGGCGCCUUUAUCUCCACUCUUCCCACUCGAGAUGUCAUCAUGGACGCAAUGAAGCAGCCUUCAAAGCCGUCUCCAGUGAAGACAGCUGUACUUGCCAAAGAAUCUGUCUACGAUUUCGAAGAUGGCCCUUCCUCGACGUCUAUUGCCCCCCCACCCCCGAAACCCUUUGGCUUUGCUGAAAACGCCGGUCCGGAAAGGACCGCAGAACGGAAAUCUGGUCUUAAGUUUGUAAUCAAGACUAAUCGAGGAGGAAUAAGUGGUGGGGUGACAACUGCAGAGAGCACGCCCGUUGUGACGAAACCACGAAGCAAGGCUGUUGAGGGUAAACCAUUUGCACUGUUCAAGCAGCUACAACAGCAACAGCCGCCCGUCUCCUCUCAGCACACAAAAAAAGAGCGCAAACGCCGUGUGUCUUCAAAAGUUAAGGACAUUCAGCCACCCCUAGUGCUUUCCAUUACUUCACCAAAAUUAUUAUCGAGUACGGCAGUCACAGCUUCGACGUCUUCGCCAAAAAAGCACAGUCUGGCCAAAGGUAAACCGGGUAGAAGGAAGGCGCUCUCCACUAACUCCGAGUCGAAAAGACAACGUCUCGCCUUGGAGGAUGCUGCCACGGAACAGGGGGCAUUAAAUUCAAACAGUGCAGCAGCCAACAGCACAAGCAGGUUAAUCAAGGGGUACAAAAUUCCUAAAGUGCGAAAAGUGUCAUCUCCGGUCUCACAAAACUCGCCACUUUUAUCAUCACAAUCCAUGGCCCAAGAGGAAGCAACUAAAAACGAGGUUCCCGUUAAUACGUUAGCGUCGACCUCACAACUCUCUGCCCCGAAUGCUCCGCCACCCUCGCUUCCGCUGACAACUUCCCCUACAACGGCUAAACCUCAUCAGCGCACAUUACUUUUUAUUGUGGAGAAUUUGAAGCGCGCAGCGGCCGAGUCUGGUGCACUUCCUCAGUCUCAACAGGCGACGUCCACUGCCACAGUUGAAGCGGUGUAUCCGAGUGCGGAUGCGAUUGGCGAGGCGGGCGGCAGUGCCGAGGAUGCAUUGGCCACUGCUUCAAAAGAUAAUCUCUUCGAAAAAUUUGGAGGUUUUAAUUCUCUUCUUCUCGUGAAACGCAUAUUUCACAGCAAUGCCACGACUCCGACAAAACCGAGCAGCUCGUCGUCAUCGCAACUAUCUUCCACAUUGAAGCGCCUUAAAACGGCGCCAACGCCAGGAACCGCCGCUCACGACCCGAACGACGCGGUCGCGUCUAACAAAGGGCCUGAAAACUUGACAACAUCGGCGGUGACGGCUGCUGAAGACGAGGCUACCCAAGAUGAUGACGAUGAUGAUGAUGACGCUGCUACUCUCUCUGCACAAGAUGCGCACUCGGAUUCACAGACGCCUCCAGCCAGUUUGGACGAGGAGGCCGCGGCGACACUGCCAGGAGGACUUAUCAAAGCGUCCACAGAUACGCCGGACUCGCCAACCGAAUCUAUUGGCCCCAAAUCUUUCACCUCUUCGAGCAAGAUAAUCCCGGUGUCACAGGAGCCUCCCCCUGGCGGCCACCUCCCUUCCUCCUCCACGUCCUCCUCUUCCUCCCUGUCGUCGGGUUCGCCGUUCUUCAGCAAGUCAGCCCCGUCUACUCGACUCACCUCCACUGGCUUGCGUGGAGGCAUGACGAGAGGAGGUGUGGGGCCGAGGUUCAACUACCCUCGAGGUGUGUGGGGUAGCCGGCCUUACGGGUCGCCCAUGCCACCACGGGGCGCAGUGGGAGGUGGUCGGCUGCCGCCCCCGCCGUGGGCCGCGGCCAGCGUGCCCCCUCCCCAGCCCCCUCCCGGCGGCGGCGGUGGUGGCGGGUGGGGGGGUGGCACGCCAAGGGGCCCUGGAGCAGGCGGCGGCGUCCCGCUCUAUCGCGGCGCCAAUCCCGGUGGUGGAAGAGGUGGUGGCAGCGGCGGCGGCGGCGGCGGACCCUUCGGUGGUAUUCGAACAAACCCCCCGAAAAACUAG